GUGGAUAGGCUCUGUUUGAAACUUGGAUUGUUUACUCAAAGUUCGACGCGCUCUCUUCUUUUCCCUCAUCUACCCCUUUCAGCUCUAUUAAAUUCAGCUUAGAUCGCGAUCCACUGCCCAUCGAAAUGCCUCGCAAAGCCACGAUUGCGAUAGACGAUUUAGCUGACACUCCAGCUCCUCGUCGGUCGAGCAGAAUCAAGGAGAUUCCCAAGCCUGAGCCCACCGUGGCGAAGAAGGUUCCGGCCAAGCCCCGAGCAAAAAAGGCAGAUAAGGUCAAAGAAACUAAAGAGGCCGCUGGGGAGAAGAAAUCUAACCCCGCGAGGGGAAAGAAGCGCAAGGCCGACGACGAUACUGAUGCUGAAGAUGGUGCUGCAAAAGCUCCCGCUUCCAAGAAGGCCAAGCCAGUAUCAAAGACCGCUGCUAGUAAACCACCUUCCAAAGUUGCUAGCAAGCCGUCUUCGAAGGCUAAGCCCUCAUCAAGAGCCUCCGCAAAGCCAGCUUCGAAGGCUCAGUCAUCCGUAAAGCCCCCUUCAAGGCCAAAUAGUCGUGCAGGAUCUAAAAAACCUGCUUCCAAGGUCGAAAAUACUGUCCCAGCUGCGGUAAAUACCAGCGUAGAUGAAACUAUUGCGGAAGACCCCGCCGCUGAAGCUGCAGCAGAGGACGAGGCAGAUGAGGCUGAGGCUUAAUCGAACGAUGUGAUCGAUAGCCAUCCUCGCCAGCACACUUGCCUCGUGUGUAUCGUCUUCCGGUGUGGGAUCAUGUCGCGUCGGAUUUUAUAUCGUCGGAAUGGGUCCCUUUUCGAGGGUUCAUAGCAGUAGGCCAUGAACCCUUGCCCUAUCUUAUUACACGUGUCCGGUUUGUUUUGCUAUCAUUGAUUUU